AUGAGUUCACCCGCCCGCAACGACACACUUUGUUACUUUCACGCGAGCAGUGCACAUUUUGAAUGAUUAAAAUGUAUAGGCUCGCAGUGCUAGCCUUUGUGAUCGCGACCGUGACAUGCCAACAACAGGAGGGGGCGAGACGCGUUCCCAAGUACGCUGGUGAUCCCAAAACAGCAGCCAUCGUACAAGAAGCACGCUAUCUUAACGGAAAUGGUGCUUUUGGUGCCGCAUACCAACAGGAGGAUGGCAUUGACUUCAAAGAAGAAACAGACGCCGAUGGCAACAGGAGAGGCAGUUAUUCUUACAUCGAUCCAACUGGACAAAGAAAAACUGUGAACUAUAUAGCCGGAAAAAAUGGAUUCCAAGCUAUCGGUGAUCAUAUUCCUACUGCUCCUCAGCCCGUUGCUCCAACCCCUGGAUACCAACCGGAUCCGCGUUACAACUCUCCGGAUUACAAAGCAUCUCAGUACAGUGCCCCUCAGCAAUAUACUGCACCUGUUUCCGCUCGCAACUACGGAGGCAAGCCAAAUGAGGAUGAUGGACAAUAUCAUCCCGAACUGUAUGAACAGGAAAAUUAUGUGGCUCCACAACAACAAUACCAGCCUCAGCCACAGCCUAGAGCGCAGUACCAACCUACACCACAAUACCAACCUACACCACAGUACCAAUCUCAACCUCAAGCCCAGUACAAUAAUAUCUAUACAGGAGUGCAACAAGCUCAGUACAGUGGCCUUCCUUCGCAACAAUAUUCUGCGCAACAACCCAUUGCCCGUCAAGAAUACUAUGAACCAACGACGCCGCCUCCAAACCGAUUCUUUCCUCCAGGCAAAUUUAGUCUAAACAGAGCACCCGACGGCUACACUUACUCAUUCCAUAAAGUAUAAAUCCAAUUUAUAGAGAGGGCCCGGCGAAUUGUAAAGACCGAAAUACGUAAAAAGCACGCAUCAAUUAGCAAUUCGUCGAGUCAUUGAGGGUGGUCGUGAUGUGCGUACUCGGUCGUUUCAAAAGCAUUUCUUAAUUGUUGUUUGCUGUGAUAUUGUGAACUAAUGGACAGGUAAACAUAAUGUUGUUAAUUUUUGUUAAUUGUAGAGGAGGAUUUGCGGAUGGAAGGCGUGCCAGUUGUGGAAACUGCACUUGUAAAUAAAUCUAGAUUUAAAUAAACGUAUUUUAAUCAAAUAGUCUUAUUAAUAAAAUACAAGUUUGUGUAAUUUAUUGACCUAUAAUCAA